UCUUUAUCCUCUCGUCUUCCCGUCUGUUAUUGCUUGAAUAUCUCUUCUUGCCUGCCCGCUUGUGUGCCUCUUUGUCGGAGCUUGUUGCGUGACUUGCCGUGUCGUUGACACCAUUUCGAGCAAAAGCACUUAGACCGUUUCUACUACCCCACCAUAGCCAUGGCCAACACUCCUCACGGCGGCGUCCUCAAGGACCUCUUUGCUCGCGACCUGCCUCGUCAGGCCGAGCUUCUGGAGGAGUCUGAGACUCUCCCUGCCCUCAUGCUGUCUGAGCGUCACCUCUGCGACUUGGAGCUGAUUCUCAAUGGCGGCUUUUCGCCUCUGGAAGGCUUCAUGACUGAAAAUGAUUACAACCGAGUGGUCAAGGAGAACCGCCUCGAAAGCGGCCUGCUCUUCAGCAUGCCCAUCACCCUCGACGUGAGCCAGGCGCAGAUCGACGAGCUCUCCAUUAAGCCAGGCGCCAAGAUUACGCUGCGCGACUUUCGAGACGACCGGAAUCUAGCCAUCCUGACCGUUGAGGACGUGUACAAGCCAGACAAGGUCCAAGAGGCCAAGCUUGUCUUUGGCAGCGAUGAUGACACACACCCCGGCGUCAAGCACCUCUUCAGUGUCGCAAAGGACUUUUACGUCGGCGGAAAGCUUGAGGCCAUCAGCCGCCUUGAGCACUACGAUUUCCUCGACCUGCGCUUCACCCCCGCAGAGCUGCGAUCGCACUUCAACAAGCUCGGCUGGCAAAAGGUCGUCGCUUUCCAGACGCGAAACCCGAUGCACCGCGCUCACCGUGAGCUGACGGUCCGAGCCGCUCGCUCCCAGCAGGCAAACGUGCUCAUCCACCCGGUCGUUGGCCUGACAAAGCCCGGUGAUAUCGACCACUUCACUCGCGUCCGCGUCUACCGUGCUCUGCUGCCGAGAUACCCCAACGGCAUGGCCGCUCUCGCCCUGCUGCCCCUGGCCAUGCGCAUGGGAGGUCCUCGAGAGGCCCUGUGGCACGCCGUGAUCCGCAAGAACCACGGCGCCACGCACUUCAUCGUCGGCCGUGAUCACGCCGGUCCCGGCAAGAACAAGAAUGGCAAGGACCACUACGGCCCGUAUGAUGCGCAGAUCCUUGUGCAGCAGCACCAGGAGGAGCUGGGCAUCAAGAUGGUCGAGUUCCAGGAGAUGAUUUACAUCCCUGACCGCGACGAGUACCUGCCCGCCAACGAGAUUUCCGAGGGCACACGCACCAUGAACAUUUCUGGCACGGAGCUGCGCAACCGCCUGCGAACCGGAAAGGAGAUUCCCGAGUGGUUCUCAUAUCCCGAGGUCGUCAAGGUGCUGCGCGAGCAGAACCCGCUGCCGCGUGAAAAGGGCUUCACCGUCUUCCUGACGGGCUACCAGAACAGCGGCAAGGACCAGAUUGCGCGAGCUCUGCAGGCCACUCUCAACCAGGGUGGCGGCCGGUCCGUGUCGAUGCUUCUGGGCGAGACUGUCCGAGCCGAGUUGUCGUCGGAGCUGGGUUUCAGCCGCCAGGACCGAAGCCUCAACAUUGGCCGCAUCGCCUUUGUUGCCUCGGAGCUGACCAAGGCCGGUGCCGCCGUCAUUGCCGCCCCGAUUGCCCCCUACGAGGAUGCCCGUCAGCACGCCCGCGAGUUGGUUGAAAAGUCCGGGCCCUUCUUCCUCGUCCACGUUGCCACGCCGCUCGAGUACUGCGAGAAGACGGACCGCAGGGGCAUCUACGAAAGGGCACGUGCCGGAGAGAUCAAGGGCUUCACCGGCGUCGACGACCCUUAUGAGGCGCCCAAGAAGGCCGACCUGACUGUCGAUCUGACCCAGCACAACGUCCGCUCGAUUGUGCACCAGAUUAUUCUGCUUCUUGAGAGCAACGGUCUCCUGGACCGACUGUAAGCGAGCGACUGUUUUUCUUCUUCUUCUUCUUCUUCAGUUUUAUUUUGGCUUUGUUCUCUUUUUCCCAAUUAAAGUAUACAUGUAUAUACUCUGCGUGGGUUGGAAGGGAUAAAGAGAGUUGGCGUUUGGAUAUUGAACAGAUGAUUGAUUUUGUUGGGAAAGAAAUCCCAAAAAGCACUUGGUCAAAUGGCUUUUAGUAUAGAAGGGUUGGAUACGAUACGAUAGAUUAACAUGUCCUUGGGCUAGUACAGAGCAGGGGUUACGCUCUAAGAUAUCAAUUACUUAUAAGCAAUGAGCCUGCCU